AAGUAAGGAGAAAGUACGCAUGCGCGCUGCAUCAAUAGUGAGUUCAGUCCAAUGAGUAAACGUUAGCGCUCAAAGUACGUGGCAGAAAACUUUUGACAUGGAGCUAGCAGCCCUGGCCGCGUUGACGUUGUUGCUGGGUGCAUUAGUUAUAUUAGUGGCUUUAGCGGUAGGAAGACGGAAAGAAGAAAUUAGAGAAGAAACGGAGCAGGCAGCGGAAUUUGCCGCUGAAGGCAAUGUUGUGAAGGGCCCUGUGUCCAAGAAACAGAAGCAGGAGAAGCAGCGCAACCGUAAGGACAAAGCUUCACAGCACAGUUUCAGUCAUCCACUUUUGGCGGCCGCACUGAAGAGCCACAGUGGAAAUGUGACCUGCCUUGAUUUCAGCAGUAAUGGGAAGUACCUAGCGUCCUGCUCUGAUGACCGCACAGUCCGAAUCUGGAGCACCAAAGAUUUUCUGGAGAGGGACCACAAGUGUCUGAGAGCAAAUGUUGAGCUGGAUCAUGCUACACUGGUCCGCUUUAGCCCAGACUGCAGAGCAUUUAUUUCCUGGUUGGCUUAUGGAGAUACUAUUCGAAUUUUCAAAAUGUUCAAGAAAGAGGACGGCACUUUAAGCUUCAAAGCUGCUGCCGAGGACUUUCCCCAAAAACACAAGGCUCCCAUUCUUAAUAUUUGCAUUGCAGAGACAGGCAAAUUUAUUAUGAGUGCAUCCACUGACACCACCAUCCACAUCUGGGACCUCAAAGGAGAGGUGUUGGCCUCUAUUAACACUAACCAGAUGACUAAUUCUUAUGCUGCCAUCUCACCAUGUGGCAGGUUUGUAGCGUCAUGUGGCUUCACUCCUGAUGUAAAGGUGUGGGAGGUUUGCUUUGGGAAAGCAGGCGAGUUCAAAGAAGUGGUGCGGGCUUUUGACCUGAAAGGCCACUCGGCAGGAGUUCAUGCAUUUGCAUUUUCCAAUGACUCCCACAGAAUGGUGACUGUGUCCAAAGACGGUACAUGGAAGCUGUGGAACACAGACGUAGAGUACAAAAAGCAGCAGGAUCCUUACCUCCUGAAGACUGUCCCCUGUUCGUCAUCGGAGGGUACCCGAGUGGCCUUGUCCCCAGACGGCCGGGUGGUGGCAAUCAGUGAUGGUUGCAAUAUAGCACUGUACAGUGCUUCCACAGGCGAGCUGGAGGAGGAGCUGCACGGUGUCCACAGUCAAGAUAUCACUGACCUUAGAUUUGACAUUAAUGGGCGUUUCUUGGCAAGCAGUGGUGACAAGGCAAUUCGAGUGUUUCACAAUGCCCCAGGUUACCGGGCUUCCAUCAGAGACAUGCAGGAUAUGCUGAAGAAAGCCCACAACGAGGGCAUGAAGCAGAGAUUGCAGCAGCAGAUCAGAGAGGCUCAGAGUGCCUUGGACACUGUGCUGGCUGCUCCUGUUGAGUAACGGAAUCCCAGGAAUUGUGUUUGAAUGGGACAGUGACUCUGACUGCUCCUCUUUUUGCAUCUUGGCUCUCCUUCUACAAGGAAGUGAUCUAGUCAGAGAAAAAUGGAAAUUGCAUGCAGUUUUAAUAAAAAAUAUCUUUUUAUUGGAAAA